GAUUCCUCUAUCUAUCCUAUAUGUAUACAUACCAAUAUAUAUGUCUUUUAGCGGUCGCUCCAUGUCAGGUUGAUGUCGUCGAUACCUUAAUUGGUAUGGAAAUACAGAAAACACCGAGAAUUUGGGGCGGGCUGGGGCCCCGCCCCAUGGAGUCUCGGGGUUUUGGGGCGGGCAGCAUCAUGGCUCACCCCGCCCCAAAGCCCGCUGGGGCGGGGCAUUGCCUGCCAAAACCCACCCCACCACGCCCCGAGUGACACUCUAGCAAAUUCUCCAUCAUGAACUUGAGACACUCAGCUGAGGGCAAAGAAAUGUCAACUGCAUCACAACCCAGACCAAUGGAAGCCCAGUAUCAAGCAGAGUUCUACAGGGGCUUUGUCCGUACAGCGGGACAAGGUGUACCGAUAUCCAGUGAAUGGUCAAGAACCAGGCAUGGUCAAGUGGAUUUCUAUAUACCAGAAAAGAAAUGGGCCAUUGAAUUGUUGAGAGAUCAUAUUGAAGUCAAUGAACAUAUCUCUCGAUUCAAAGUGGGUGGAAAAUAUCAUCCCUGGCUAAAAGAAAAUAUGGUCAAGGAUUGGAUCAUAUAAACGCCUAGGCCCUAUACUCUGGCGUUACAGUUGGCCGAAAUGGCAGUAAAUUGAAUUGUUAUGGAGGAAAAACGACCAUUAGCGACCCCCAACUCGAGGGGUAGUAUGCUAUAGUUUCAAGCUUUAUGUUAGCGGGGUGAAAAAGACGAGUCUAAGC